AGUGCACAUCCACGAGUGACUUGGAUGCUUGCAGCACCGGAUGGAGCAUGAAGGAAAGGCCACACCCGCCUCUUGGCUCUCGCGGCCGUCCAGGGAAAUCUUGAGAAUUCUGCCCUCAAUCCCAGGCCACUGCUGCGUUUGCCUCUUGCAGCAGCCGGAGGGUCUGGAGUAGAUCCAGUUCGCGUGGUGCAGACGCAGCAACUGGUCCAAUACUUUGAGAACAACUACAGCAACUUCUUGGGAGGCCUUCUCGCUGAGCAUGGCGCGCCACAGCCGUCUCCCAUGUGUGGCACCACUCUGAAGAGCUUUACAAGUGCUACACCUCGUCCGCACUUCGAGGUGGACUUCGAGCGCCACUACCGCCCUUCUUCGCGAAGGCGUAAGGAGCGGGAACAAGGUGCAAGUCCUAGCCGCACAUCUUCCAAGCACAUAAAUGUCUCCCAGGCGGAGUCGCCGCGUGGGAGGGAGGGCAGCCGCCAGACGACCACGCGGCUGACUGCAGUCAGCCUGCCAUCCCCAAGGGAUCGGGCGCGAGGCAAAGAUUUCGGCCGUGACCUCGACUCGGGCGAGGCACUCAAGGACGACGACGAAGCUCGCAGGCGUGAAGCCUGUGAGAGUUUGCGCACGCUUGUGUUGGGAUCCAGCGUGGAGCACUCCCCGGAGAAAGAGAAGGAGUGGAUUGCGCAGCAUCGACGGGGGACAGAAGAAGAGGUGGAGACUUUUUGCCACUGCUGGUGCCAGAUGGAUGUGGAUGCUGACGGCGACGUGGACCUCGACGAAUUUGCAGGCUUUUUCAGCAAGCGGAAGGUGGAUAGGUUGCUUGGGCUGCGAUGCGUUCGUUACUUGAUGCCGCGAGCCGGACAAGCUGGAGGGCAAGCAAAGGCUGCGGUCACCAAGGAGGAGAUGAUGCGUCUCAUGUGGCCACAUGCCACCACGGAGGACAUGGACUACAUGUGCACAGUCUUUGACCAUGGCAGGCUGCGUGCCAUCGAGGUGCAGCCACCGAAGAUGCUGCCGAGGAAGCGGCGCAACGAGCUGCUGAAGUGCUUCGAUGAGAUGGACCGACAGAACCUUGGACUGGUGCCAUACUCGGACCUCAUUCCAGCUGGAGUGGCUGACCAGAACAUGGUCAAGGUGUUGCGGGACAAGUACGACAAAGAUAGCACUGGCAACUUCGACAAGAACGCCUUCCUGGAGAUGAUGGCGCCCUUGGGCUACCGAGCCCAUCCAUCAGUGAGCCGUGUCGUGUGCAAAGACGGGAAAGAGGUUAGGCUGGUACAGUGGUCCAAAGACCACCUUCACUUUGAAGGCUGGCUGAGCGGCAGGCACUACGAGAAGCUCAAAGCAACUUAUGGCUUCCCGGAGUGAAAUGAAUCGCUCUAGGCAGCUAGCUCUGUGCCUGGCUACGUUUCACCGGUAGCUUCAGCUGCCCCGCGCAGGCG